AUUGGUUUCGGUAAAGGAAUGCCGACAAGCACCGUGUGGGUUGGGGGUCUGGCAACUAAUAUCACGGAAGAUAUGCUGGACCGUCACUUCACGCGCUAUGGUCGUAUCAAAGGACUGGGACUAGACCGGAAACGAGGUUACUCUAUGGUAUCAUUUGAACAUAUUUCUGGCUCAACGUCCUGCCAUAACGACCUGAAAGAGAGAACUUUGUUUGGCAAGCGAGUCCGGGUAGGUACUGCUGAUGUACUGAGGAGGGUGAAUUGAACAUCUUGUUGGUAAUGCACCAUUCCCCAAUUAACCAAAAUUUUGAUCUCAACAAGUUUAGACAAAAUUCCAUCAUAGCAUGAAAGAGCAUCACAAAAUUAGUAAUAUUCCAAAGUUUCGUUGCGAAAUGUUGUAAAAUGCGGAUAAUAUAGCCUUGCGAAAUUUGCAAUUUUCAGUCAUUUUAGAUUAUAAAUGGGAAAUGGUUACCACUUUUCCAAAAUUUUGAUCUUAACUAGCCUAAACAAAAAUUUCAUCACAGCUUGAAAGAGCAUCACAAAAUUAGUAAUAUUCCAAAGUUUCGUUGCAAAAUGUUGUAAAAUGCGGAUAAUAUAGCCUUGCGAAAUUUGCAAUUUUCAGUCAUUUUAGAUUAUAAAUGGGAAACGGUUACCACUUUUCCAAAAUUUUGAUCUUAACUAGCCUAAACAAAAAUUUCAUCACAGCUCGAAAGAGCAUCACAAAAUUAGUAAUAUUCCAAAGUUUCUAUUACGCACAGAAGUGGUAACCAUUUCCCGUUUGUAAUCUAAAAUGACUGGAAAUUGCAAAUUUCGCAAGGCUAUAUUAUUCGCAUUUUACAACAUUUUGCAACGAAACUUUGGAAUAUUACUAAUUUUGUGAUGCUCUUUCAAGCUGUGCUGAAAUUUUUGACCAGACUUGUUGAGUUCAAAAUCUUGGUUAAUUGGGGAAUGGUCCAUUAAAAGAGGCUUACAUUUAUCUGCCUUUGGUGUCAUAACGUAAUUGACUUCUAACCGUGGGUUGACAGAAUCCAAGCACAAUUUGAAUUCACAAUUGAAAACAUCAAUGACAUUUAAGACUUCAAGCAUGCAUAAGUUUAUAGCUACACUUGACUUUAUAUACUUAUACCAAUAUUGAUGCAGCUUUUAUUCAAGCACUUUUUGGGCUUGCAGCUUUAGAUAUCAUUAUGCUCUUUAGAUUUCCUUAUUUAAUAUCUUUAGUAUAUAAUAUUUUAUUUAGCUUAUGUAAUAUUUGUUGCUUCAAACGUAUACAUUUCACAAUCUACACUGCGAAAAAUCCCUGAAAAUUUUGACUACAAUUUCAAACAAUGCACCAUGCAAAUUUUAUUGUAUAUUGAUAAUACCAUUCCCUGUCCUUAUAUUAUACAGGCAAUCUAUAAAUAUAUCGCUCAAUAUCGCCUAGUUUAUUGCCUCAAAUUAUCGCCUAAUACCGUGAUUCAUCGCGGUGACAUUGGCGUAGGUCAGGCCUUACAUACAAACAAGUGAAUCCUGAGACUCUGGGAGCAAAUAAUACCGGAAGAAAAAUCUUCCCAUGUAUAAUGUUGAACAAAAGGCUUAAUAUUGCGGAAGUACUUGAUAUUUUCAACUACAUUCGAAAGAGCUUAACUUUAAGUCCCAAUGGAGGAUUUAACUUAAAUCUCCUUCAUCUCUGUUUAGCCUUGGGUGUAUUUAAUUUCCCAGUAUACAGAUUCUGUAAUUGACUUAAAUCAUGCCACCAUGCCAAACGUAUAUGCCUGACUAUAUAUUGAUGUAUGAAAAUGCAAUUAAGAACUGCACAGCACUUAUGGACGGUACAAUUUAUAGAAAUAAUAUACAAAGCUAUAUAUAUAUAUAAGACGCUUGGGGCAAAAAUAUCAAACAUUUCUGAGAAUCCUGCUUGAAAUAAAACGACAUGUUCAUCAUGUCAUUUAUACGUUUUGUUAGUGAAAUGACCUAAUUUGGUUAUAACUUCAACGAACCUCUUUUGCCACUAUAUGCUAAAAUUUUACUUGACCAUCUUUUUUGAAAAAUGAAAAGGCUAAAAAUAUCAAUACUAACAUAGUUAGAGUAACAAAACAUUUUAUAUUCACGCAUACUCGCAUUUUACUUUUAACGAUUUCUAUACAAAGCCAGCUUUGACAAUAAUAUCAAAUAAAAUGUAGACCUAUAUCUUUAUGACUAGCUUAUCCCAUUUUUUUUUCGCUUUUACUUAUAGCUUUGCGCUAGGUGGGAUCUCUGUCAAGUGGGAUAACAUAUUCCAUAUGAAGUUAUCGCACCUAUGACCGGGAUGGAAGAUACAAUUUUGUUGAUAUUUCUUAACUUUGGGAAUUAACGUCAAACACCUUAGAAACAUAAGAAUAUGUCGUGAGGCCUUCGCAUUGACAUGUCACCAAACAGAGACUUUACAGGACAAGCUCUUCAGUUGAUGAAAUAUUGAUAUUUGAAACAAAUAUGCCGUAUACAUGCGGGUUUUUUUUUACCACAACUAAAGCGAUAACAAGCUUAUCCAUGCAGCUACAACUUAAUAUAGGCAUUUUAUGCAAAUUUUUAGCAUUGUCAAAAAUGCUUGUUCGAUUUAAAACAUUGAUAUGAUCUCAUUUUAUGCUGCAUAAAAAUCCUGUUGAAAAAUAUCAAAAUUUAAGGUAGCCCUUUCUGGAUACGAUAAAAUUUAUUUGAUGAUAGCUGUUCUAGUUUUUCUGCUGUAUUAAAUCAGUGUAUAGUUUUGUUGUUUGUUUUUUUUUUGUUUUGUGAGGCGCCGGUAUAUGAGGCUACAAAGAGAAAGUAGUCCAAGGUUUUAAUGACCUUUCUUUCUUACAAAAUAGAAUCCGGUAAUCUCGAAUCAACCAAAGUGGCCCAAAAAGACAACACGUCGACAAAUGAAAAAUGUGGCUCGCCUCAUAAGAAACGUCGAGUGCUGUUCACACAGGGGCAAGUGUACGAACUCGAGAAAGCAUUUCGACGCCAGAGGUAUCUCUCCGCGCCGGAACGCGAAGAACUGGCACGAGGUCUAGACAUGACUCCGACACAGAUUAAAAUAUGGUUUCAGAAUCACAGAUACAAGUACAAAAAACAGCAGCGAAAUUUGGAAAGUUACAAUCUGAUGGCACAGCAAAGGGCUUUCGUGUCGCCUAUGAACCGGGAAGCAUACUUGAAUUACAUGUGGUCCUUGCCUCACGCGGCGCAUGCGCACAAUUACGGAUACGGAUAUUACACUGGCGCACAGCAUCAUGGAUACCCAAGUUACAACGUGUUAUGA